CGUGUCCCAACAACCGAGUGGUGAGGAUUCGCCAGCGAUUGAUUACGCUCAGCCUCAGCACGUCGAGUAGCGUGAUCAUCCCGACCACAACGAUGCUGCAUCCCGUGAUCAAUCAAUGUAGCAAUCUGAGCACUAGCUGUGUGCACUGAAACGUCCACAUCUCCCCCUGUUCACUCGCACUCUGUCAAUGAUGUACCAGACCCUCUCGUCGAUCCUAGUAGUCGUCUUCACUAUCGCCGUCGUCGUCCUUCACAUCUUCCGUGGAUGCCUUCAUGAGUCCAGAAGCCUUCUCCUGCUUUUGAAGCUCUUCCCUAAACACGUCGCGUGCUUCUUGCUUGCCUUGCUCCAGCUUACUGCGAAUGUAAACCUCGCUGAGGAGCUCGAUGUUGGAAGCUUGGGGAUCUUCAUCGUUGUCAACCGCCUCGUUUACGAUCUGCUUCUCGAUCUCUUUGAAUCUUUUCGGGGAGUCCUUUUGGGGCGCUUUCAAUUUCUUGAUCACUGCCGGGACUGGGUUUGGACCAAUGAGAACCCAAAGGCCAGAUCAAUUGAACAUCUCAAAAACUUCAAGACGUGUUUCAUCAAAGCUUCGCUGUGCCUGCGCACUCCCGGCGACAGGUAGCUGACAGCUUGAGCAGCAAACGCGAAGAACUGCGAAUCGAGUUUCCGGACUCCACGCAGCGAUCAGAAUGUCGAUUACGUCCUUCACAUGCAUCGAUCCUUCCAACUUCCAGCUUCCGAGAUGAUU